AUGCACAAUUUCUUAUUACAGUCUCGUGAGGAACUGAAGGAGAAAUCUCCAGAACUCGCAGCAAAGUUGAACAAUUUGUUUGAAUUAGUGAAGAGACAACUUGCUGAACUUGAUCCCGAAGGAAAAGAAUUUCUCAAAAAUAUGACGGUCAUGUGGAAGAGUAAGUCCUUUGACGGGUACGCCGCUCCUACGGUUGCGGAAGAGCUUACACUGGGCUUUAUCAAAAAGUUCAAUGCUUUAUCCGAUGAUGUCAAGGAGGAUAUCAAGAAGAAGUUGCCUGCGCUUGCAGCAUUUCUUACAAGUGAAACACAGCUUCAAAAUAUUUUCUCGUUUAAUCGAGAUUCUUCAGGCGAGGAGACAGCGAAACGCCUUCAAGAACACUAG